CUUUCUGUGCAAGCGUCUUCUGUUUAUCUUGGUAACGUGGGCCCUUUUGAGGUGACGCGAUGGGAGAAAGUGCUCGAGGAAGAGGGUAUAGACGAGGUGUUCGUGCCAGACGUUUUGUACCUUACCAUAGUAGAGUGCGCGGACCACGAGGAACUCGAAUCGCUUCAUACCACAGUCACUCAGAACCAGAUCAGUCAGGCUCAGAUGACUCAACGCAGCCUCCUAGUCAUCCAUGGGAGCCUCCAUGUCCCAAUCCAAUGCCCCCACCUGAGCCGAUUAGAGAAACCCCACCAGAGACGAUUAGAGAACCCUCACCCUUAAGAGAACCCCCACCUAAUGGAGACACACGAGAUUUGAGUGCCCCCACGAUGCCCACAGCAAACCAAGAACAGCCCAAACGGAGACGUGGGCCAGCUAAGUGUAUUGAGUUUGAGAAGUUGAGGAAGUAUGGUCCCGUGAUUUUGAAGAUUAAUGACGGUGAAACAGCACCGUGUUGUUCGAACGUAGCGAUGUUCACGGCACGAGUAACGCAAAUCAUAAAACAGCAUUGCGACAUGAGCUAUGCUAGAUGGACUAAUGUGCCGCAGGCACAAAAGGACGAGUUGAUCGACCGUGUGAGAGGUGACUUCGCGUUAGAUUGGGAUCAGGAGAAUCAUAGACUGACUGUCAAGAAGCAGUUGCGUAAGCGGUUCAAUGCAUUCCACCAUGAAUUACACAAAAAGUAUGAAUCGUACGGUAGUCACGAGGAAGCAUUGGCUGCUGGCAGUUCCAUGGUUGAAUUGCAAGUCUGGGUUAAGCUGUGUGAGAGGUGGGGAAGUGAGGAAUUCAAGGUACUUAUUAGUUAAAUUCAUAACAAUCUG